AUGUUGUGUAACCAUCCACCUCCUUGGGUGUCAAAGCUCCCCUGGCUGAUAGAAGGUCACACCUAUGGCCUAGGUAGGCCUCAUACCUCCUCCACAGUGCUGCUCCCUCCUCCAGGUGGUGGCAGUAGUGCGGGUGCUCUCCAGUCUGAGAGAAGGUCUCAGGCAAGGCGGGAGCAGGUUCCCAUGGCUCAACCCAGCUCCCUCCUCUGGGUGGGGCAGCUGCAGCAUGCCCUCUGGGCAGAGAGAAGAUGGUCAACAAGGCUGGAGCAGGUUCCUGCAGAUGUCCCUUCCUCAAUAGUGGCAGCUGUGGAUAAAAAUGGAACCAGGAGUCUGCAACAUGAUAUUAGCAUCCAGUAUCUCAACUCCAUUCCAAAGAAUGAGAAGGAUGAUAUGAAGUCCUGGAGACACUGUCAUCACAUACUGAGACCUCCUUUCAGUCUGCUGACAGCUCUGGAACGACAUAAACUGGAGGGCUCAUCUGAGAAAACAGGCUCCUUCAUUCUGGACCUUUCGAGAACUCUCAAUCACCCCUGUGGGCUACCAACAGCUGUUGUGAAAGAUAUGCUAGCAAGAGAAAUAAAUAAUUCCCAGUUUCUGGCAGAAUAUAGGCAGAAAAAUUAGGAUUCUAUUAAUGUGUCUAAGACAGUAUUUGGCAGUCCUCUGGCAGUGAUGGUUGGGGGCACAAGAGUUAGCAACUGGGUUACUGAGAAGGGUAGCCAUUAUACAAGGUUACAUAUGGCUUUGUCACAAGGCCCUCUGUUCUUUCUACCUAGGAGCCAACAAGUAAGAGCCCCUCCAUGCAUGUCCACCCUGAGAUCAGGAGUAACAAUAGAGGUGCCUCCAAGAAACACUAGAAUGGGCUGUAACAUAAAGCUGGCUGAUGUUUCUUUCCUACACAGAUGCCUAGGACAUCUUGUGGAUAAUUGGACAAAGCCUAGACCUUUGUUUUUCUGUGUUCUGGGUAUACUUGGCUCAAAUACUCAUUUUUUUAAUCUCCUCCACCUCUGA